AGUGCAUUUAACGAACUGUAAAGAAAAAAAGGCACAUCUACACCCUGGCUGAUUUAUCCCUCCCGAGGCGACACGAUUAAUAUAGUCGUAUAUCUACCUGUAUGCUCACACAAACCUGACAUGACGCCGGCACAGCCCUGUUUUAAUGGAUAGUUGGACGAUCCAACAGGUGAUCAGCCCAGUCAGCACCCUGCUGUGUCACUGUCACGUGUCAGACACCCGGGGGCAGCACCAGUCUGUCAAAACACUCACAGUUUGCUGCUAAUUCAUCACUUCCACGCCGUACCUUUGCGUUUUUUUCUUCCUCUUCGACGCAACAACAAAGAGAGAGGGGGGAGGCGUGAUCAGACACAGAGAUUAACUCGAAAAUGCUGCAUUCAGUGUGAAAAUAGACCCGCCUUCAUCUGAAAAUAACUGCGGCGCGCUGAAACAGGAAACUUGUGCGCAGCGCUUCACCUCUUGCAGGCUCACCCGAUGCAUCAUUUGACACUUGGAACAGGUUCCCCAAAUCCACAUCAGCGCCACACAACACCUCAGCCGCGUCCCGCUGCUUCGCUUGAGGAGUCGUUAGUGGAAAAAAACUGAGACAGAUGAGCAAUUUUUACGACGAGAAAGAUCUGGAGGAAGAGCUCAGUGGUGUCAACUGCCCUGAUGAGGACUUGGAGUUUGAGUACUUGUUUGAAUAUGAACCACCUUGCAGCGACUUCGUUGCGGGAGAUCAAGAUGACCCCAACCUUGCACCUCACAAAGUCCUCAGCCCUGAGUCUGAGCAGGUUUUCCCUUUGGAAGAGGCCUCUCCAUACGGCAUCAAGUCCUGCAGUCCCUCCUACAACAACCACAACACCGAGGUUCUCCCAGGAUAUGAGAACCAGGAGGCCAGACACUACCUGGACAGUACCCGGCACACAGGCGUGGCCCUGAGCCCGCGGAUCGAAAUCACCCCCUCCCGUGAGCACUACAACCAUGUUCGGGACUCCCUGCAGAACCACCACCUGAACAUCAGCCCCAGACCCACCCUCACCGUGCCUGGCCAUGAAAACCUCGCCUACCGUGAGCCUCAGUGCCUGAGCCCUGCGAGCAGCAACUCCUCCACCAGCUGGCACUCGGAGAGUUAUUCCCCUUGGGCGUCUCCCUGUGUGUCCCCCAGCAGCGGCCAGAACCCCGGAGACCUGUGCCCAAGGUUACAGAACAUCCACACUGGCUCUCCGCGCACCUCUCCGGGCACCUCUCCUCGCACCAGCCUAGCUGAGGACGGCUGCCUGGGACCCCGCUCGCCCUCCUCCAGACCUGGCUCCCGCUCUACGUCCCCACAGGGCAAACGCACCUACGACAUGUACAGGAAUCCAGGCUUGGUCCCCGGGCACCGCUCCCGCAGUCCCUCUCCCCACAGUGGCCAUGAAGAUCACAACAUAGGCGCCCACUAUACACACAGCAGCCUCGCUGAUGCCAUGAAUGGUUUUGGCACUGUUCAGCCAGGCCUUGUGCCCACUAAAAUAGUCAAGACGUCCAACCAGGUUUACACUCUGUACCCAGAGAACCCCGGAGAAGGGAACUACUUAGUGUCCUGCGACCAGGACAUAAAAGCCAAACCUGCUGCAGAGCCUUUCUUUGUUAUCCCCCCAAUCUGGUCCAAACCGCUGGUUUCCAGCAUCUGCAGCAUCCCUGUGGCCUCUCUCCCCCCGCUGGAAUGGCCAAUCCCGAGCCGCACAGAGCAGUAUGAACUCCACAUUGACGUGCAGCCGAAGCCGCACCACAGAGCUCACUAUGAGACAGAGGGAAGCAGGGGUGCAGUCAAAGCCCCCACAGGAGGACAUCCUGUUGUGCAGUUACAUGGCUACAGAGGCAAGGAGCCACUUGGCCUGCAGAUCUUUAUUGGUACAGCAGAUGAGCGCAUCCUAAAGCCGCACGCCUUUUAUCAAGUCCACCGCAUCACUGGUAAGACAGUUACGACCACCAGCUAUGAGAAGGUUAUCCAUGGCACCAAAGUCCUUGAGAUCCCCCUGGAGCCAAAGAACAACAUGAAAGCAAUAAUCGACUGUGCUGGGAUUCUGAAGCUCAGGAACGCCGACAUCGAGCUGAGGAAAGGCGAGACGGACGUCGGUCGGAAAAACACCCGCGUUCGUCUUGUGUUUCGUGUGCACAUACCUCAGCCCGGAGGACAGCACGUCUCUCUCCAAGCGGCCUCGCAUCCUAUCGAGUGCUCCCAGCGUUCAGCACAUGAGCUUCCCAUGGUGGAGAAGCAGGACAUGGACAGCUGCUCUGUGCUGGGAGGCCAGCAGAUGAUCCUGACUGGGCAGAACUUCAGCUCCGAUUCCAAGGUCAUCUUUAUGGAGAAAACCCAGGAUGGGCAGCAAAUCUGGGAAAUGGAAGCAACAGUGGACAAAGACAAGAGCCAGCCUAGUAUGCUGUUUGUGGAGCUGCCGUCCUACAGAGACUCGUCCGUCUGCCAUUCUGUCAAAGUGAACUUCUACGUCAUUAACGGCAAGAGGAAGCGCAGCCAGCCUCAACAUUUCACCUACACACCACUGGCAUCUCCAUCCAUCAAGACAGAACCCAUAGAUGAGUAUGAAGCAGACCACAUGGGUUUUGCCAUGCCUCAGAUCUUAGGGUUAUCGUCUCAUUCCUACUACCAUAACCCACGCGGCGCCCUCCAUCCAGACAACGGCCUAGUCUCCAGUAUGGCUUCCUGCCAGCGUCUCAGCUCCAGCCUUCCGAGCCAAGACGCACGUUUCCAGCAGCAGAGCCCGGCCAUCGUGUACUCCCGCGGGGGCAAGAGUCUAAGCGGCAGCACUGGCCUUUAUCAGCAGACCGGAGGGAUGAUGCCUGACCCCCACCGGUCGGUUCUGGUCCACACAGGCUCCCCGGCUCAGCCUGUAGGUCCCAUCGGUGCAGGCCAGCAUGCCUCCAUCAUCCAGUUCUCCCCCACCAACCACCACCUGCUUCGGGGAGGAGACCCUCAGCCCGACAGCCAGCAGAUCAUCUACUGCGACGGCUACUCCCCGCAGUCGCCCACACCCCCGCAGGCUCAGGCGGCAGUGACCCACCCUCAGCACUAUCCCACCGUGAUCCAGCAGCAGCCCUACGUGCAGAAGGGGCAGCAGAAAGGCCGGGCUCCGCCAGGCACGGGACAGAUGGAGGCUCCGGGAGACGGACAGCGGAGGGUGACGGUCAAGGAGGAGAACUUGGACCAGGCCUACCUAGAUGAUGUGAAUGAGAUCAUAAGAAAGGAUCUGACGGGCGUUCAAGCCAGAGGGCAGACAUAGAGGACAGACCUGAGCAGGAAAUGACACACACACAGCCCCCCUCCCUCCAACACACACACACACACACACACACACACACACAGACAGGCAAACACACAUGCAGUCUACAACCUUCCAGUGAGGUGACGCACAUCCACCAACAAUCAGACCUUCUCUUCCUCAUUUUCUUUAGCCAUAGAGAUAGAAAUAUCAGCUCCCGGCUGCUGUGUUUGCUUUGGAUGUUUUCCUGCGAUAAACAGUUUCAUUCAGCAAACUUAAGAAUUAAUUUGACCCAUAAAGUCUGCCACCAACAACGCAACUGUGCCUUAUAUUUUAGAUUUUCUGUUUGUUUGUUUUACAGAGGAAUAUAGAGAUAAAACCAAAUAAAGCAUUAGCUGUUCUGUCCAGGCAAUGAACUCACACCUGUUUGCCUCAUACUAGUGAAAAAGUGAUGUAGCAUGCAGAGAUUUAACAGAAAUUUCAUGCCAAAGAUUCAGCCCAAAUACAAUAUAUCAGAUUUCUUCUGGCCAAAAGCUUGUCAUCUUUUUGUUUAUUUCUUCUUGCACAAAGUGUUUAUUUUGUCUGUGUGUAACUUCAUAUGCAUUUUUACAUUUAAAAAAAAGAUUGUCCUAAGCUUACAUGCUGAUCAUCUCAUUUUAAAGUGCCGUUUUCUAAUUGAAGUGAAGCGCACACUGCCUUAACCAUAUACAAAUGAACUAUUAUGACACCUCCUAAUAUGCACUGUUUUCAAAACAGGGGGUAAAUGUUAUUACUUUUUGAUAUAAUAUUUGAGUCAUGUGAAUAUUGUAACGUUUUAUAUUCAUAAAAAUAUAUAUUGCAUUAUAUUCAGGUUGGAAUGCCAAAGUGGCUUCACAGGGGCCUUCAUGCUACAGCGACAGCAUGUGUCUACAUUUCUUAAAUGAUUUCUAUGCUUGAUUAGAAUUUUUUUUUUCUAUCUUGCAUUGAAAAUGAUUUAAAAAUGUAUCUUAAGUCUGGCUCAGGCAAGCUGAAGUAAGAGUUUUUUUACACUCAAAUUUAAAGGUGGUCUUCUUGCUUUUUUUAAUCAAAUAUUUUUAUUUUAUUUGCAUAGCUCUUAAAGAUGAUUGUAAUAUCAGCUGUGGGUCCGUCCACAGUCUAAAAAACAAAUUAUUCCAAGGCUUAUACUGUGUGUAUUGUUUUGUGUAUACUGUAGUUGAAGUUUAAGUCCAUGCAUAAUGACAAUCAGUAUACUCAGAACUACAUGCUGCCUAUGCAGAAGCUUCAAGCUUGUUGAUGUAAAGAGCAUUUUAUUUUCUGUAACUGUCAUUAUUCUUUAUACACACUGUAAGCACAGUAAGGAAACAGUGUGUAUACCUUGUUUAAUGCAGCUUGCUUUGAAGACAAAAGCUGUACUUUAAAACAAUAUUUUUGUAAUAUUUCACUGAUUGAAUUGGAGUACAUUGAAAGUGCCAUUUGUAUGAUUGUUAAGAAAAAAUGUUGCAAGAGAAGUAACAGUAAAAACACACAAUGGAGGUAAAAUGUAAGACUGAAUCUUCAAUUUUUGAUAUUUGAUAUGGACCUAUUUGAUAGAAAAUAAUUAUUUUGUAAUUUUACUAAAGCUAAUAUUGAUCUAUAUUGAUAUUUCUCAUUGAGCCAGUGCAUUUGCCAUUUCUUGAAUGUAAUGUAUUAAAUAAUUUCCCCUUCUUUGUGUAAAUAUGAUGCAAAGUGUGAUUGUCCAUGUGUUACCAUGAACUUUGAGUAGACUUUAAAAAAUAAACCAUUCGUUGUCUGUUGUGUAUCUUUUACAUGUGUUUAUAAUAUACACAAUGUUAUAGUUAUCACCAUAUCUUAUUUUAUCUGUUUUAUUACAAUGUUUGUUUUUCUCUGAAGUGAAUUAUGACACAUUACAUAAAACAUUUAAGUCUCCUUUUUAAUAGGUUAUAUUUUUGUUCAUGCUUUUGUUAUUAUUUUACAAUUUUUAAAGAAAUCAUUGGUAAUGAAAAUGUUAUUAAUACUGUCUUAUUUUAUUUUCUGUGUUGAUAGUUGUCAUGUAUUUGUUUCAUUUGUGCCUUCUUAUAAAGUAUCUGUUUCAUGCUAUUUUUGUAUCCUUAAAAGUAGCAAUAA